UAAUUUAUGUAUUUGAAUUGACUACAUUUCCUUAUAUGAAAUGUAACUCAGUAAAAUCUUUGAAACUGUUGCGUUUUAUAUUUUUGUUCAGUGUAGAUAAGUCAGUGAAAUGCGUUGUCAUCAUUACUCGGAUCAGCAUAGUCUUCUAGGGCACACUACUGGCAAGAAGUCAACCGAUUAAAUCGGAAUGGCCGAUUAAUUAGGGCCAAUUUCAAAUUUUCAUAACAAUCGGUAAUAAUUUUUGGACACCGAUCAUGGCCGAUUACAUUGCACUCCACGAGAAGACUGCGUGGCAGGCUGACUAUCUGUUAUGCGAGUGCAGCAAGGAGCCAAGGUAAGGUGCUAGCUAGCCUUAAACUUAACUUAUAAAAAACUAUCAAUGUUAACAUAAUCACUAGUUAACUACACAUGGUUGAUGAUAUUACUGAAAGAAGAAACGUUUUGUUUUCAAAAUUAUAGGUCCCAUUUUUGACCAUAUUAAUGCCCUAAGGCUCGUAUUUCUGUGUGUUAUUAUAUUAUAAUUAAGUCUAUGAUUCGAUAGAGCAGUCUGACAGAGCGGUGGUAGGCAAGAGCAGCAGGCUCGUAAGCAUUCAUUCAAACAGCACUUUCCUGCAUUUGCCAGCAGCUCUUCGCUGUGCUUCAAGCAUUGCGCUGUUUAUGACUUCAAGCCUGUGAUUGUUGUGACUUUGCCAUUGUGGUUGUUUGUAGGCUUGUGUGGUCUUAAGUGAGUCUAUGAUCAUAUGCUAUCCAUUUGUAUUUAUUGUAUGCUGCUCUUUCUAUGCCAUUUUAAUAUUUGAGAAAUUAACCAAUGAUAUUAGGCCACUCUUGGCCAUGAUUACAGACACCUGUGUGUCUUGACACUAUAUAUAAACGAGUCAUCCUGCAGUGUCUGUGAUUGUACCCUGAUGAAGACAGCUUGCCUGUCGAAACGUUGGUAAAUUAAAUAUUUUUGCAUCUGAGCUCCUAGAGUGUGCGGCUCUCCUUUAUUUUUAAGUUUUCUACUCCGCUAGCCAGCACCUCGCCUAAAUAGGUGUGCGUUUCUUUUUCUUCUAGACUAUGACUUCAAGCCUAUCAACUCCCGAGAUUAGGCUGGCAAUACUAAAGAAACCUAUUAGAACAUCCAAUAGUCAAAGGUAUAUGAAAUACAAAUGGUAUAGAGAGAAAUAGUUCUAUAAUAACUACAACCUAAAACUUCUUACCUGGGAAUAUUGAAGACUCAUGUUAAAAGGAUUCACCAGCGUUCACAUGUUCUGAGCAAGGAACUUAAACGUUAGCUUUUUUACAUUGCACAUAUUGCACUUUAACUUUCUUCUCCAACACUUUGUGUUUGCACUAUUUAAACCAAAUUGAACAUGUUUCAUUAUUUAUUUGAGACUAAAUUGAUUUUAUUGAUGUAUUAUAUUAAGUUAAAAUAAGUGUUCAUUCAGUGUUGUAUAUAAAAAAAAUAAAGAAAACAUUUAAAAAAUAAUUGCCCGAUUUAAUCGGUAUCAGCUUUUUUUGGUCCUCCAAUCAGUAUCGGUACUUAAAUCAUAAUCGGUCGACCUCUACUACUGGCUGUGUGGUUUAUAGAGUGAUGGGGAUAUUAAGCCUGAUUUUAAUGUUUUUUAAUUCAAAUGACUUAUAUGGAGCUGCAGAGACCUUUAGGAAGUGCUAACUGCAGCUAUAGAUACCAUUGCUUCCUGACAAUACCUUAUUCAACUUCAGUCACUGUAUCGGCAGUUGUAAAACGCGAUUUUAAACAAUACAACAUUUUGCAUUGCUUUACUUUUCACUGUAAAGCGAUUUACAGUUCCAAUAUUUUCUUCGUAAGCGUUUUGCAAAUAUCACGCUUAGAUUAAUAGCAUUCCUCAUGACCUGAGAUAGCUUUUCACAGAAUACGUAGCCAGUGCUUUGUCUUGAUGUGGGAAUGUUCCACGUUUCACAGGGCAAGUCAAUCAUUUUGGAAUUCCAGUCUCUGCCCAUGCUGGGUUCUACGACACGUGAGUAUAGCAAGUACCCUUAUUAUCUGUGCUCUGGGUAGAAGCUGCCCGUGGGCUCAAAUCUUAAGCGGGGAUAUGAAAAACUGACCUGAUAGUGUUUAGGGGCAAAUUCAUCCUACUACCUUUAAUUAAGAUGUGUCAGCAUGAUGUGACCGUAUGUGUAAGCAUUGUGACUCCAUUCUAUGUCUUGUAUAUAUGCUGCACAUAUAGAAAAUGCCCUCUAGACAUGAAUAUGAACCGCUGCCUUUCAGGUCUCCCAAAGACCACCUCUGCGGCAAGGGGAAAUAUGACGUUCUAGAUUACACUUGCUGUGAAAAAGUACUACAUGAAGGGGUGGGGCUGUCCUGCUGUGGAAACAGGGCCUUCAACCUCACCGGGGCUUCCUGUUGUGAAGGUCAGCUGACUCAUAAUGUGAGCCAGCUGGUGUCAGAUUGCUGUGGGUGUCGGGCCUAUGACCCACUCAACCAGCUCUGCUGUGACUCUCAGAUCCUAACCAGGACCCAACCCCAUUCCAAGUGUUGUGGGAAAGACCUUUAUGAUGAACACCAGCUUUGCUGUGGAAAUGUCCAAGGAAGGAAGGUCCUGACCAAAAGGUCUGGUCACCACCGGUGCUGUGGAGACCAGCAGUUUGACCAGCGAAGCCACUGCUGCUGCUUCGAUUCUGAACUACUAACCCCAGAGCCUCUCAAUGCAAGCUGCUGUGCAUCACCAGGGUUUAAUGUUUUUCAGCACAGAGCAAUUGCUCAGAAUUCUCCAAACUGUAUGCCUGGGAAGAAGCCUUGUGGUCUAGGUGCCUGUUUCAACCCAACAACAGAGCGUUGCUGUGUGAACCCUAGCUCUCACCAGGGUCAAAGUUACUCUCAUGACCAGGCCUGCUGUGAUGGAACACUCAGCCACACCCCAUGUCUCUACAAUGGUGGCUCUCAGGUUUACAAUCCAAACAUCAACAUCUGCUGUGCCGGGAAGCUGUCCAAUAGGGUGCUUGGAAAAAACCUGUGCUGCGGUACAACUCCGUAUGGUGUAGAGGACCGAGGGGUGCUGUGCUGUAACCAGACCUUGCACCAUGCGGUGGAGGAUGGGUACCAGUGCUCCCCAGGUGGCCACUUGUAUCUGCCAUCCCGUGACAUGGUGUGUGGCUCACGUGUUCAUCUCAACGAUCCAGGCAAACACUGCUGUGGAGAGGAGACAUACGACCCUCAGUAUGAAAUCUGCUGCAACGGACACACACACCACAGGUUGGGAAACAUGUCCUGCUGUGGAAGGAAGGUCUACAACUCCAGCAGCGGCCAGAUGAAGUGCUGUGCAGGGACUCUGUACAACCUGCAGGCUCAGGGCAGGCUCAUAGAGGAUACCCAGUGCUGUGGGAGUGUUCUGAUGGAGGCCGGCUCCACCCAGACCUGUUGCACCGCCCCGGGGCUAGACCUGCUCUACCCUACCCAGCAAGGGUUCACCUGCUGUGGGCACCGCUAUCCCAAUGCCUCCCUGUGGUCUUGCUGCGCCGGGGUCCUGCAUCCAAGGCCUGAACCACACAACACCACCAAGAACGUGAUUCCAGGACCCAGGCUUCUACCACUGGGGGAUUUGAAGACUGAAGUCCUGUGUCACAGCAGAGUUCUGCUGGGGACAGUGGAGAGUGUGUCCGUGAAGAUGAACGAGCGGUCCAUCGUGAUGGUAAACGCCUGGUCUUUGCUGGCCUCACGUGGCCAUGUCAACGCCCUGCCUUCCCCUCACUACCUCACAUUACCCGACCACUGCAGCUCCCCUGAACUGGUGCCGGGCAACACUUACAUCUGGGUGAAAAUGCCUUCCUCAGACACCAUAACAUUCAUCUCUGAUCUCAGCGAUCAUUCCUCCCCUGUUCAUUCCAUCCUCUCCAGGUGCUCAACCUGUAUCUAGCCCAGAGGAAAGAAGGCUAACCCUCUCAACAGAAUAUGAAUUCUGGGUAUUUCCAUAGACUAUUGUUCAGAAAUCUGUUAUGUUAACUGACAAUAAGCUUAAAACUAGCAUCUUUAUGAUCAUUCAUGAGCCAUAUCUCAGGAUAAGUCAAAUUUUGUCUGUCUCGGUAGUGGUUUUCUGUAAUAUUAUCACAAAAGAUGACUACAUGUUUUGUUGCAUUCUGUAAUUGGUGCAUCCAUUUCUGGAUUUGUAAUUCAUUUACAUCUACAUAGUGUUUAUUAAAAAAUACAUAAUUAAUCUCAUGGGUUUAGUUCAACUGUCGUACACCAUCAGAACCCAAAAUAAGCGUGUUUUACUCUGUAAACAAUGUAUACUGAACAAAA